AGCCGGUUAGUCGGUCCCGAUCCGUCGUACUGUACGCAUUAAGCCAAGGCUCUUUACCUUUCUCCAUUCGUACACGAAAAAGUUUGCUUCCGGCGUUCAAGCUAAAAAAAAAUAUUAAUCCUUAUUGUAAAAAUUACUUUUAUCAAUACGAAUAAAAACAGUGGCCCGGAGUAGUAAAAGCAUUAAAGUUGACAGUGCUGAUCGUCUGAUUUUACUUCUCGUUACGGGGAUCGUAAAAAAUGAACAAUCGCUCGAAUAUUUCGGUCAUUAAAAUUGAAUUCAACGUGAAACAAAAUUAAAAUACGUCAAAGUUGAUCUUCGGAAAAUUGGGAGAGGAAAAAUCGUAAAUAGAAAAAUAAACAUGAAACAGUGAAUAUAUUUGUUUGAAUUUGAUGAAAGGGAAUUAAAGAUUUGGCGCGUAUCAGUGUUCAAGGAUUUGCAUAUCGGAGCGAACUGACCCGAAAGGCGAGACUUAUCCUCGAGCUAUUCACACAAACGCACACAGUCCCUGAAGUUUGGCAGCCACGAGAUGACGUACGCUAAAAAAUCGAGAUGAACGAUUAUCAUCGGCAUGAUCACUCUUUCAAUCGGAAUGGGAAGGCACUCAGGGGCUCUAAAAAAAGUGUUCUCUUUUACACGACUGACUGUGGUGACGACAGAGAAGAUCUUGGAUUGAAAAUUCAACAACGCUCCGUUUCAUUGACUGCAUUGCACACAGGAUUCGGAUCACAGCAGCAACUUCUUGAGCCAAGAAUGGCGCAACUCGAAACCCUCGAAGCCAAGAUGGCGAGUAUCGAGGUCUCGCUAUCGACAACACCGCGCCGGAAAAAAGGCGGCAGCGUAUCUGGAGGUAUGAUCUCGCCAGCGAGUCAUCGGAAUCGUGAUCAUCAUAAGGAAGUCGAUGCCCUGAGGGUUGCUCUCCGCGAUAAAGAAAAUAUUAUUCAGACACUCAAAGGUCAACUGUGCAAUACAUUGAGCAAUCGCCUGGCUUUGAGAAACGGAGCGCCGCCAUUGACCGAGGCUGACAGAAAGGCGACUGACGAACGUCUUCAAAGAUUACAACGGGACGCGGACAACAAAAGACUCACCAUUAAGAACCUCAAACUUGCCCUUGAACGUCUCGACAUCACAGACAACAUAGACGUGAGAAUUCAACAGGCCGAAUUGGAAUAUCGUCUCGGACGGGAGGAGCUCGAACUUCUGACUCUUCGUGAGGAGAGCAGAGCUCUGCAGGCCGCUCUGGAAUUAGCGGAAACACACGAAAAGCAAAAGAACGAUACGAUAUUCAGCUGUAUUUCUGGCGGUACCCAAAUGACUGUUCAUGCUGUGGAGGUCAGUGCCGAUCCGAAAAGUCCUCGUUUUGGAGCUGGCCCGCGAGACGGUGCUGUGGGUCUUUAUGUCGAUUGGGCAGUGGAGGAUUCAGGUUUAUGUAAAGGAGACAGGAUUUUAGAAGUCAACGGUAAAAUCGUAGUUGGUGCUGGUAGAAACGAUUUAACGAGGCUUCUCGCCGUUGCACCGGACGCUGCGCAAAUCGUUGUUUUACGAAGGAGCGAAUCACUCGCUGCACUUCGCACAUUGAGAUCCGAUAAUCUCAGGCUUACACACAGAAUCGGAUAUCUCGAGGAACAGGUUCGGGAUCUUUUGGCGCCAGCACGACCCGAAAUUACCGUUGUCGAGACACCGCCGAGUCACCAGGAUCAUGUCCAGGUUUUCCAGAAAGGGCCUCAAGUAACGGCGUUAGUGGCAAAUUUGCCGGGUUUGAAUGUCCGAAGUCCAGCUGAUUUGAGACAAAGUUUACCUACCGUACGAACGCGUCAAACCGAUCAAGGACGAACAUUCGUUCAAGAUUCUCGUAAUCCGAAGGAAUUGCUUGAUUUUUCAUCGGAUAGUGCGACAAACGGCCACCAAAAAUCCCGAAGUCGUCAGAAGGGCGUAUCGUUGACGAAUUUUCAAUUAACACGCUCAACCGCGAGCUUAGAUUUUCAUCAAUCACAGGGACAGUUGCAAUCGCAACGAAGGCGCUCCUCACGACUCGAUUCCACUGCUGAUCAAAUGCACAAGAGUAGAAGAAGCUCUCAAGCAUUACAAUCUUUGGAAUUCGACUCGGAACCCACCUUUUAUCGAAUGCAGGAUAAUCAAUCUCGAGCUUCGGAACACUCGGAAAUGUCAGGAACAUAUAGUUGUCACGAGAUCAAUUCGAAAAUUCGUCCAGCACCGCCAAAAAAACCGUUACGUUUGUCGCUCCAUCGUGCAGCAAGUUUGCAAUCGGUCGAGAGUGCGCCACCGACUACACCAUCUCACGAAAAUUCACGAAAACCAAUGAAGAGAAAUUAUCGCGGUGAUCCACCGACUAUCGAUAAAAACGGACGCAGCGAUACUGAGCUAAACAAUUACAAUAAUCAUAAUCAUAAUAAUCAUAGUAACGAUAUGCAAUCGUCCCUGAAUCCACCUCAGCCACCGCCGAGGACACCAUCCAGAGCGGAAUCCUGUCAAAGCGCCUUAAGGUGGCCAUCUCCUAAGCCCCGACCCCAUUUAACAUCAGUACCGAUGGAAAAAUGGUGCUGAAAUCAAACUAAUAAUUUUUGUACUGUAUUAAGAUUCAUUCAAAUAAUUAAUUACCCAUAACGCAACUGUAUUUUUGAUCUACAAAAGAGAUUUCUGCUCAUGAAAGCUAAAAAUCAGAAUUUUUCUUGAUAUUUCAAGACUUGAUUUCACUGAAAAAUAUUCUAUACGAUAAUUUUCCUCAUUAAAAAUUUAUAUAUCGCUACAUACCUUCUCAAAACGAAUCAAUCGAAAAAGUGAUAUCUUGUAUGAUUUAAAAUGAAAAGCGGAUUGAAUCUCAUGUACAAAGUGCAAUUGUGAACGUAUAAGCUCAUCGAAUGAUCCCUCUUUAAUUUUAUACACAGGAUUUGGAAACUAAAUGACUCGUACAAAGUACGUUAAAGCGUAAUAAUACAUGCAUUUAUUUAUAAUUUGCAAUGAUUUCAAAUUCAAAACCUUAUAAAUUAGUUGAGGGGUUUUAAGAGAUGAAUGUAAACCGAUAUUUUCAACUCGCCCUCAUAUAAUAUAAAAAGAGGGAUAUUUUUUUAUAUAAUCUAUCAAUACGAUUGUAUGAAUAACUUUAUUAUAAUUCGAUGAAGAACCAAGACAUUUUUCAUGCGAUGAUAAUGAAGAGGAAAUGUUAUUUUUGCAAGCCUCUGCGACAAAGGCGCGCCAAAAGACUGUCUAAUUGCAGAAGACUGUUCAGUCCUUCGACAAUUCCUAAAUGCGUCAUUCCAAUUUCCUGUAGAACAAAAAUUUUUUACAUAUAUCGAAAAUAAAAGUUUUUCGUUGAGAAAGAA